AUGCCAAUUACCUCCGUAUCUUGCGUCCUAUGUGGCGCCCCAGUGGAAGAUAUAUUUCAUUCCGUUACCUGGUUGCAAAAGUUUCGCGUCGUAUAUACUAUCUUGCAAAAUUGGAACGAGGCCCGUCUCUCGGGGAUUGGAGAACGACGACAGUUCGAGGAUGUUAUCCCUUUAGACGAUUCUGUCGAUGAAGGUCUCCCUGGUAUUAACUAUGAAGAGCCCGAAAUUGGGAUACGUCUCAUGGUCACAAAAUUUGGUGGCCGGUAUCCACCAAAUCCCCCUCUGGUACCGCAACCUGCAUGGGGCUUUCCUUUUCACACCUCAUGCUUAGAAAUUCUAUCCGUUGCAUGUCCUGAAUAUGGGAGUUGUCUAGAUCUCCAGGCCAUUUUUGAUCUUUGUAGGUCGCAGCCAUACAAACACGGUCCCCUCGACUGGGGCCAUGACUAUGAAGGUCUUAUUGGUCCUCCUAAGGAUGUCGACUUAUUCUGUCCUGGCGAGGAGCUUGACUUAGCCCUGGCUAACCUUAAAACGGACGUAUACACACAUGAUCCUCUGAAUAUUCCCCAACUACGCCAUCUAUUCACUGACAGCAUUAAUUUGCAUGUUCGGAAUGACGCGAGUGUCACUAACGAGACGCCUGCUAUUUAUCAUACCGGGGGCGACCCUCUAAAUGGGCUACCAACCGAAAUCUUACAUAUGAUUCUUAUUUGGAUGGAUUCGAGAGACGUAGCUAAUCUUAGGUUAGCCUCACCAGUAUAUGCGUCUCUUGUAUUACCAGAUAGAUUUUGGCUCUCCCGUUUCUGGGAAGGGAGAGAAUUUGAAUACGUCUUCGAGGCGAACAUGAUUCGUUCAGCUGGUAGAGACUGGCGACAACUCUUCCAAAGAGUAAAAUUGUUAGCAAGCCUACCAAGUAUGGCAAAUAGGAGACGAGUUUGGUCCUUAGCGCGUCAUCUCUGUGGCCUCAUCAAUCGUAGACGGAGCUAUAACUCAUGCAAUGGCGAAAAGAUCAGUACGCUAUUCGAACCUGAUGGCAUACCGGAUAGUGGUCGCUGGGUCACUGCAGGUCCUACCCUCUACGCCCCGACAGAGCAAUACAGGUCUGGGGCCAGGUCGCUGUAUGAGAGAAGGGUCACCCUGGAAGCUACUUCGAAAAGUAUCUACGUGUCGACGGUCAAAAUUAAGAACAAAAGAUAUGUUUCCGGGAUUCGAAUUGUCUAUAACAACGAUCAGAGCGCUCUCUUCGGGUACUGCAAUGCUGAUGAUGGGGCCAAUGUUACUUGGGGGGAACACCAACAGCCGAUAACAUUGAUUGGGUUUCACGUCGCCUUCGAUAGCAAAGGAAUUCGGGGCAUUCGAAUAUUAUCUAGCGUAGCCGGGCUCUCGUAUUGGAUAGGAGAUUGGUAUGAACUCUCUCAGAGGAUACUUGUUCUACCUACUCACUUGCCGCCCCAAUAUCUCAAAGGAGGAUUCGAUGCUUUGAAAUUAGUCUCACUGUCUAUCUCGGAUGGCGAGGAUACAUCACCGCCCUCCCCUUCAACCCUCCAUCAUCAACAUUCGAGCUUACGAGAGACUGCGAUAUGGCAUGGCGAAAUCCCUCAUAAGGAAUUAUCCUUUCUCGGCCCCCACAAUACACUUCUAAAGGACUACAGAGACAGCCUACCUUUUUCCCUUCUAAUUUUUGGGGGAGUAGAUGGAACACAGCUCCCUUAUCUAAUUAGGAUAACAGUCUGGGUUGUCGACAAUACAGAACUUGGUCUGUACGCCGACCGCACCCAUAUUUGGGGUAUUGAAUUCUCUUUUAGUCGUCCUAUUGAUGGCAAAUCCUCUAUCUUACUUGGCCAAAUCCCCGAUGAAAGGUUACCCAACUCGGAGAUUUAUCAUAUGGAUCUUGAGUCGGGUCUUGAUGAACGUAUUACGGGCUUGGAAGCAUUUUAUGAGGACCCCACUUAUGUAUUUGGCCUGAAGUUUUAUACCAACCGCGGCCGCGCUAUUGAAUUUCCCCCUUCUUGCACCGACCAGCUGCCUAGUGACGAAUAUUUCUCUGAUAUACUUAAACCAGAGGACGGGACCAUUGUUGGCGUAUAUGCCGUAUUGAAACAUAACGACGUGUUUAGGUCCAUAGGGGUGGCAUAUAUUCCUUAUGAUUGA